UCUAGGGCCAGCUGUUUUGCUCUGAUUUCCUCUGUUCUGUGCUGUGUAUAAAUUGUUAUUAGGACCUAGGCUAGGAAUUACUGGUUGCACCUGCACUCUUUCCGAAACUGCUCCACCGACCACUGCUCCUUGCAAGGACCCACCACCAUGAGCUCCAAGGACAAGUCCAAGUUCAAGCUCUUCCUCAAAUCGCUGCCGGCAGGUUACGUGGGCGAGCGGACCUUGCGGCCGGAGUUCGAGAGGGAAUUGCGGCCGGAGCAGCCGGUGGCCCAGCGCUGCAGGACGCUUAAGGAGCUGGGCGACAUGCAGCUGCACAACUUCAAUCUGGACGAGACCGCCAUCACCAUUCUGUUCAAUCUCACCAGCGAUCUCAUCGUGCCCAACAAGCCGGCCGAAACGCGGCAGAUCGCCCUGAGCUUCUAUAAGCGGCUCAUUCACACACAGUACAAGAACCUGACCAUCAUGCGGGAGAAGUUCUUCCUGGUCAUCCAGAACCACGAGGCACGCGAGGAUCUGCGCCACCUGCUCGAGCUGCUCGACACACUCACCGACAACGGGAAGGACAUCACCAACUUCGAGGAGAAAAUUGGCAAGUUUAUGCUGCUCUGGAUCCCAGCUAUCACGGAGGCCAAUCUGCUCAGCCCCUAUCUUGACAUGCUGGUCAACCUGAUCAAGUUCAAUGCCGCCCAUCUGGACAAGGACAUCUUGGUCGGCAUCGUGCAGAACGCCUGCGACCUGAGCUGCAGCGUCACCGUCAACGAAAUCGGACUGCAGUGCCUGACAAUUCUCGAGAUGGUCAUCGGGUACACCAUCUUCCCCAGCGAGCCGCUGCCGCAGUGCAUCACCACCCUGUGCCGGACUGUUAAUUAUGCCCCCUAUUGCCCGUCCUCGUUCAAGAUAAUGAAGAACCUGUUGGGCACCCAGCUGGGUUACCAUUCCAUGAAGAUGAUGUGCAGCAUCCUCAAUGACCCGGCUCUCUACGAUGACGCGCACCUGUUGCGUGGCGCUGUGUUCCACCUGAACAUGAACAUCUUCGGAUCCAACAUUAUAUUCCAGGUUUCACCCAUGACCUAUGCAACGAAUGUGCUGACAGCCUUCCUGCGGGCACUGGACAGUCGUCAGGUGAUCGUUACCUUCGAGGUGAUACUCAGCGUUCGCAUGGUGAUCAACAAGCGGCAGCUUUCGGAGAUCAUUUGGGACCGCAUCUGCGACAUAAUGUCCUCCAUCGUUAGCAACAUCGAGUACUACGAGGCGACGAACAUAAACAAGGAUCGCCUGCACCACCUGCAGAUCAAUUUCCACGAGAACAUCGACUGCAUCGAGAAGCUGCUGCAGACGGACAGGUCCCAGAUUCUGGGCAAUGUCGAGCGUAUCUACGAUCUCAUCGAGCGAGUGGCGGAUCGUCGGCCGGAGGCCUCCGUGCUCGCCCUCAUCGAGUACCGAUCCCGCCGAGUGACGGCCACGCGGCCCGAGUGGCUCCAGGUCCUGGCCCAGUUCGUCCGUCGCUACUACCGCAUGUCCAAUGUGAGCGUGCGCAUCAAGACGAUUGAGGCCCUGGUGCGAAUCAUGGAUCAGAAUCGCGCCUGCUACGAGGAGGAGAUCCUGAGCCGCGUAGUGCUCGUGCACCUGUCGCAGAUCCACCAGGAGCCAAGUGUCCAGGUGCGCGUGGCAGUGGCCCGUGCCCUGUCCAACUUUGCCACCCACUGCGAUACGAAGCGCUGCAUGGACAUACUGGACAUACUGGAGGCGCUCAUCAAUCGUCCCUUCGAGCACACCCGCCAUGGAUCGUCUGGCGACGCCUCUUUUACCGAUGUGGCAGUGGGCCUGGUCAGCAAUGAGUCGGAGAUCGCGGACAUCAUUGCCGCCGUUGAUGGACUGGUCAAGGUGUUCGCCAUCAAGUUGCACCGCCUGCCAGCGGUGCAUGCCCUUAAAAUAUUCAACAUUCUGAUGGAUCACCUGGAACUGCACUACGACCGACCCAAGAUUUUCGAGCACACCAGCGUUGUGCGCCAUAAAAUAUUUGCCUGGUUGCUGAAGGCCAGAGCUAAUGGCUCGUUCCAUAUCGGCUAUCCGGAGGGCAGCAACGAGGUGGUCAAGUUCAGCCACUAUCUGGGCAUUGAUUCACCGCUGCUGCCGCAGCCCCACACCACGGCGAUCUCGAUUCGGCGAAUGUGCAAGCUGAUCGUGCGGUGUUUGGAGCACGACACCGACUACCAGGUGUUCCAGCUGGUCAUCAGGGAGCUGCCCAAGGUGCUGCAGAACAAGGCGCUCGUCCAGGGCAACGACAUCGAGGAGCUGGCCAACUCGCUGCUCAAGAUCAACUUGGUCAGCAACAACAAGUUCAAGCGGCCCUCUGACGAGUUCCACGCCCUCGUGCUGCCGGCCGUCGCUUCGCUGGUCAUCUACCACGAAAGCCUGCAGCCGCAGCAGCACUACGGCAUUAUCACGGCCCUGAACUCCAGGGUGCUCACUGGCAUUGCCAGCGUCUGCAUCAACACCAUGACCAUUCUGAUUCUGGAGAUGCCGGAGGCCUUGAUGCGCAAGCUGCCGGACGUCCUGCUGCAGAUGAGCAAGAUGUCGGACACCAAUGCGCUGGCCACUCCAGUCCUCGAAUUUCUGUCGUUGCUUAUCCAUUUGUCCAAGCAUCUGUUUGCAAACUUCACGUUGAUGCACAACAUGUACGUGUUUGCCAUCACGCUUCCGUAUACAAAACCGCAUCGCUACGAUCACUACACAGUUUCCCUGGCCCACCACGUCAUCGCCGGAUGGUUCCUCAAGUGUAAGCUGGAGCUGCGCAAGAACUGCGUGUCCUAUAUCAAGAGCGUAAGUAUACGAAACCCACUUAUUACUAGACAUGGCCUAACUGAAUCUGUACAAUUCCAGUCGAUUCAGUCGAAUGCCAAGAUGCUGUCCAGCGAUAUUGUCAACCUGAACUCCCUGAACGAGGACUCGUCCAACCGGAAAAGGAGCACCAGUCUCACGGAGCGCGGCAGUCGCAACAAUGCCAAUGCCUGGAACGACCUGGAGAUGCGGCCGCAGAUGAACAACGGCCUGCGGAACUUCCACGACGAGUUGGCAGAGACCUGCUUUGACUUCCUGGCCCGCCACACAUACUCGCCCUGUCCGUCGAUGCCCAAACGUCUUCCUGCCGCGGAGUUUCUGCUAAAGGAUGGCGUCUCGCAGACCUGGCUGGUGGGCCACAAUCUGGUGACGAUCACCACCUCCGGCUGCCCGUCGGCGCCCACGCGCAGCGGCCUCUGCGAGCGAUGUGCCCAGCUGGGCAAGGCGCCCAGCAUCAGCCUGAACUCGAAGAGCCUCAGCGAUGCGGCUGCUCCACUCUCGCCGGAGCGGGAGAGGCGCUACACCAAGGUGAGCCUGCAGCACAGCAGUGGCAACGAUUCGGCGGGCAGCACAGAGCUGACCUCCUCCUCCUCCUCGAACUCGGCGGCCACGGGCGGCCAUCCGCACCGCCAGAUCUCCAACAGCUCGACCGCCUCGCUGGACGCGUUGUCGCGCCGUGGCUCCAAUCCCGAGGCAUUGGGCAGUGGCCUGGGCGAGGGUCCGCACACCGGGAGCAACACCUCGCUGCUGGGCAACUCCUUGUCGCAGUCGUCCGUGAGCAUGAGUCCGUCGUCGGGAUCCGUGGUGCAGCAGCCGGUUUGCGUGCGCGCCUGCACUGGCUGGGCGGAGAUCCUCAUCCGCCGGCCCACGGGCAACAUCUCGUGGAUAACCCGGAUUCAGAACCCCAUCACCAACGAUUGCUUUGGCCAGGACCUGCCGUUCAACAAUGUGGUCUCCCUGUUUCUGCCCACUGCCCACGGCGGAGUGUUUGGUCCGGACAACGCCAUCCAGGUGCCGCCACACCCUCUGGCCGAUCCAGAACCCGAGCCGGAGGCUAGUGCCAAUCCAGCUGCCGCGCCACAGGCCAGUGCUCUGCGCAGCCGGAUGGUGGCCAAGGCUCGAGCCCUCCAGCGUCAGGAGGAGAUUCACUCGGUUGGCGGAGGCAAUGGAAAUGGAAAUGGAAACGGGAAUGGGAAUGGGAAUGGCAGCGGAAAUGGCGGCGGAAAUGGCAAUGGAAUUGCAACCAGCAGUGGAGCAGCCGCUGCCAUACCCAUUCCACGCGUUUCAGCCGGAAAGCGGGGCAAGGAGGCGGCUCUCUGCGGGAGCGUGAGUGAUGGCGAGGCAGACGACGACUCGCUGGCCUUCGAGGAUGCCCAGAGUCGGGCACGCAACCCCGUGCGCCGGGUGAACUCCAGCCCGGAGAUGAGCUCCAGCUGGCGGCAGUCGUUCCUCACCAACAAGCCGAUGCCGCUGUCCCAGGAGCCGGUGAAAGCCACCGCCGAGGAGCCGCAGUCGAUGCUGACCCUGAAGAAGAAGAGUGUGCAGUACAGCACCAAGGACAUGCGCGUGAGCUGCGAGGCCAUUCCGGAGGAGAUAGCCGGCUCCACGCCGCCCUCGCAGCCUGCUGUUUUGGCCCUGCAUCCGGAAGGUGGCACCCUGCCGCCCAAACAGCACUCGGCGGACGAUGUGAGCAGCCAUGUGACUGGCUGCGGCACCCUGCAGGCAGCCGGAUCCACCCUCAAGCUGGGCAAACCGCCGCUCUCGCCGGGGCAACCGCCCUUGCUGGCAACGGGCAGGAUGACCAGCUUUGGCGGCACCUCUGUCCCGCAGCCCGGUGCACUGGCCAAGUCCAGCAGCAGCGGGAGUAAUGGCGCCAGUGUGGGAGUGAUCACCUCGGACUACGACAACGGCAACAACGGCAACGGCGACAUGAUGCGCGGCCGCUCGAAAACCAUUUCGGUGGUGCGGGAGGUGAACAACGGCAAUGCACGUCCGCCGCCGGCCAGCAGUUUCCGGAACUUUGGGCCCGCCAAGCCGCCCAUAAACGCCAAGCUGUGCAUGAACCCCAGCUUCAUGUUCCUGCAGCUCUACAGCACCGGCCAGCUGGGCGUGACAGAUGAGCCGCUGAAGGUGGGACCGGAGAACAACAGCGCCGUCACCUUAAUUGACCUGGUGCCGCCGUUCGAGACGCACAAGAUCGGCGUUCUGUACGUGGGCCAGGGGCAGUGCAACAACGAGGUGGAGAUCCUGCGCAAUUCGCACGGCAGUGCUCGGUACGUGGAGUUCCUCCGCAAUAUCGGCACCCUGGUCAGCCUGAAGGAAGCGGAGCAGAACAACCUGUUCAUCAUGCUGGACAGGAACGGGGCCGAUGGCAAGUUCGCCUAUAUCUGGAAGGACGACAUACUGCAGGUAACCUUCCAUGUGGCCACGCUGAUGCCCACCAAUCUGCAGGAUGAUCCCAACUGCAACGAGAAGAAGAGCCACAUUGGCAACGACUUUGUGAAGAUCAUCUACAACGAGAGCGGCGAGGAAUACAAUCUGAACACAAUAUCCGGCCAAUUCAACUAUGCCUGCGUGAUCGUGGAGCCACUCGAACUGAACUCGAACAGGGUGUAUGUAAAGGCCCGAUCGGAGAUAUCGAAGUUCGUGUGCCAUGCGGAGCACCGGAUAGUCUCGGAUCGCAGUGCUCCUUUGCUGGCUCGUCAGAUGGCCCUGCAUGCCAAUCUCGCCUCGCUAGUCUACCAAAGUGUGCAGAAAAAGCAUCCUUAUGCUUCGAAUUGGCUAGAACGAUUGCGCAAACUAAAGCGCCUGAGAUCGAAGCUUCUUGAGGGACUGAACAGCCAGCAAAAAUCCGGCAGUGCCUCGAGCGGCAUCGGAAUCAAUGCCUCGGCCAUUGGCUCGGAUAUGGAGGACCAACGGGGUGACUUCAUCAAAUUCACAUAGACAACAACGAGAGGCUCCAAACUGAACAACCACGAAAGAGCAGGGGACCUGCGGCUCAUCCUGCCAUGACCCCUCUUGAUUUGCGAUUUGGAUAUUACCUUACUGGCAGAGCGGAAGAUUUGAUAACGUCGAGCACCAGCAGACCAAGAACACAAGUCUCUGCCUUACCAAUAAUCACGAACAUAAUUAUAAUAUAAUAACCAUAAUGAAUUUGACAAGUUUAUAAAAUUUGUGAGAAUACAUAAGCGCUGUUCAUUUCCAAA